ACAUCAUCAUGUCUAGAAAAAGAUCCUCCACCUUUGGCGAGCUUAACUGCUUGAAAAAAUCAAAGAUCUUGUUCAACUCCACCAACGUCACGCCGCCAGUGACCCCCGAGAAAAACCGCAUCAUCAACUUUGACAUCAAGCCAGAUGAAGACAAAUCUGCUGUCAAAAAACUCUUUACUACUCCUCCCCCCACACCCACCAAACGGAAGUCGGACGUGUACUCUCAGGUCAAGGCCAUCUUCCUGAGGGGUCACAAGCACAGAAUCGACGACUCCCGCUGUUUGGUAGGAAGGGAACACGAAGGCUCCUACAUCAACAACUUCAUCAAAUCGAGUAUCUCUGAUAAUACCUGCAACUGCUUAUACAUCGCUGGUCCUCCUGGGUGCGGAAAGACAGCCCAGUUGGAAUUAUCCCUCGGACAGAUGUCAAACAAACAUGGACAAAUCCACUUGAACUCCCACACCUGCAAAGUCGUCAAUAUCAACUGUAUGGUGUUGAUGAACCCCAAGGAUAUCUUCUCCCAAAUCUGCCGGGAGUUGGGCGAGCAACGGGACUUGCACGAGGCGCUUGCGGGUGGAAUUAAAUCCUACUCGUCGGUCAUGGUGAUAUUGGAUGAAAUCGACUAUCUAUUGACAAGAGAUCAGGAGGUGUUGUUCAAGUUGUUCAAGCUCUCGGACCCACACUUCAGUUCUCGCUUCUCCACCAAGUUGGUGAUGAUCGGCAUUUCCAACUCGUUGGACUUGACAACCAACUUGUUGUCGAAAUUGGAACGGAAUCAAUUGAAUCCCAAAUCUGUGAGCUUCAAGCCAUACACGUUUGAAAAAAUGAGGCUGAUAGUCACCGAGAAGUUGAAACAAUUGGUGGAGUUGGAGAAGGAAAACUUGGACGAGAGCUUUGUUCCUAUAGUCAACUCGUCGGCGAUAUUAUUGUGCUGCAAAAAAGUAUCCUCCAGUACUGGUGACUUGAGAAGAUGCUUUGAUGUAUUGUACAAAAGCAUCGAGUUGUUGGAACAGGAACUCAAAGCAAAGAUGGAUGACACAUCCCGGUAUGGCUUGGUGGACGCUCCAAAAGUGUCUAUCAGUCAUAUCGCCAAGGUUUGUAAUUUGAGUUAUGGAAACUCAAUUUUAAGCAAGUUGAAUUAUUUGCAGCAAAUCAUCAUCAUAUACCUAUUCCGGUUCGAAGGCGAAGAAGACUCUAGCAUGACCAUCAACGCAUUUUAUGAUUACUACAAAAACAAGGAGUUUGGCACCAAGAAAAUCGUCAAGGUGAAAAGGUCCGAGUUCUUGGAGAUCUUAACCAACUUAGAAUCGAUAUCAUUAUUAACAUUGACCCCAAAUAAGAGUAUUGGAAUGAGACAGAUCCAAACCAAUGUUGAUUACUCUGACUUCAAAAAGAGCAUAGCACAAGUAGACUACUUAAAGAACUUGUUACACUAAAACAUGUAUUAUAGAAUUUUAUUAAUAAUAUACAGAAACCUUCAUGAAACUUUGCUUAUAAAUACAGAAUUGGUUAUUUUGGGGGAGAUGCAGUUGCGGGUGGCAGUGUUUGGAGUUGAGGAACCUCAGUUCUAGUUGAUGUCCUUCUUUUCCAAUGGAUUGUACCGCAAAAACUUCUCGAUCAAAUCAACAUGGGUCAACACCAUUCUUCUGCAACAGUAUCUCUUCAAUUUUAACUGAUCCAACGCAUCACCUUCAGUGAUGUUUUCAUCUUGUAACAAGUCCAAGUAGGUCUCCCACUUGUCUCCGACAACUUUACCACAAGAAAAACAACGAAUAGGAAUGAUCAUCUUCUAGUGAAGCGAGCUUUAUCUGUUUGUGAAAAAAAGUUUUCUGUU